GCAGAUGCUGGAUGGAGCGAGAUGGCAACCUCUUUUUCCGCGGUCUGCAGAGCCGCUCCAACGAGAAAAUGAGGCUGCGAAAGAGAAAGUCGACCUUAUACCACAGCUCCCAGAGGAACACCUGGCACCGCGGAGAUCUUCUUGGUGAAAACAUUUAUCUGGUCUUGCUUACCAUAGCACUACGAAUAUGUAACUGCUUUUUAGUCCAGACAAGUUUUGUCCCAGAUGAAUAUUGGCAGUCUCUUGAAGUUGCACAUCACAUGGUUUUCAAUUAUGGUUAUCUGACCUGGGAAUGGACAGAAAAAUUGAGGGGUUAUACUUACCCUUUAAUCUUUGCAAGCAUUUACAAGGUUCUGCAUCUUGUGGGGAAAGAUAGUGUUAAAUUGCUGAUUUGGAUUCCUAGACUUGCCCAAGCUCUUCUGUCUGCUGUAGCAGACAUAAGGCUUUACUCACUAAUGAAGCAAUCAGAGAAUCAGCAAUUGGCAAGAUGGGUGUUUUUUUGCCAGUUAUGCUCUUGGUUCACAUGGUAUUGCUGUACCAGAACUCUUACAAACACCAUGGAAACUGUUCUCACUAUAAUUGCUCUUUUCUACUACCCUUUGGAAGGUUCCAAGUCUAUGAGCAGUGUCAAGUACUCAUCCCUGGUGGCAUUUGCCUUUGUAAUUCGUCCCACAGCUUUGAUUCCAUGGAUACCUUUGCUCUUCCAACAUUUCUGGCAAGAACAGAGAAAGCUUGAUCUUAUUCUACAUCAGUUCUUACCUAUAGGAUUUAUCACUUUGAGUUUGUCUCUGAUAAUUGAUCGUAUUUUUUUUGGUCAAUGGACUUUGGUUCAGUUUAAUUUUUUGAAAUUUAACGUGCUGCAGAACUUGGGAGCAUUUUAUGGUUCUCAUCCAUGGCAUUGGUACUUCAGUCAAGGAUUUCCAGUUGUGUUGGGUACUCAUUUACCCUUCUUUAUUCAUGGAUGCUUUCUAGCCCCAAAGAAAUAUCGGAUACUUUUGAUGACUGUGCUGUGGACACUGCUAGUAUAUAGCAUGUUGAGUCAUAAAGAAUUCAGAUUCAUCUAUCCAGUUUUACCAUUUUGUAUGGUGUUCUGUGGGUAUUCACUAAACCACCUGAAAACAUGGAAGAAACCAGCUCUAAGUUUCCUGUUUUUGUCAAAUAUGCUCCUUGCCCUCUACACUGGUUUAGUUCAUCAACGAGGUACCCUUGAUGUUAUGACUUAUAUUCAAGAACUCUAUUACAACCACUCCAAUAAAUCUUCGACUUCAGUAUUUAUAAUGAUGCCCUGCCACUCUACUCCUUAUUAUAGCCAUGUCCACAACCCACUUCCAAUGAGGUUCCUCGAAUGCCCCCCAGACCUGACUGGAAAAAGUCAGUAUCUUGAUGAAGCAGAUACCUUUUAUCUAAAUCCCUUAAACUGGCUAUAUAAGGAGUUUCACAAUGAUUCUACAUUGCCUACUCACUUGCUCAUCUUCAGCGUUUUGGAGGAGGAAAUAAGUGCUUUCCUAAUUUCCAACAACUAUGAGAGAACUGCUGUUUUCUUCCACACUCACUUGCCAGAGGGACGAACUGGAAGUCACAUAUAUGUCUAUGAACGGAAAUCAAAAAGGAAACUCAACAGAAAAUGAAAUUGUGAACUGUGUUUAGAUCUUUCACAGAGAAAGGGUAGAUAAGCUCAGAUGCUGCUUAACUAUUCAAGUAAACAGCAAGAAGCAAGAUUUAUGGAACUAGCAAUGCUUUAUCAAAUACCACUACUGAGGGAAUGUAUUGGGGGGUGGGGGGAGUCACAAAAUAUACAACCACAUAUUAAAAGAAGGCCAGGUUUUAAAUAAACACCUUUAGUUUUCCUCAUGUUGUAGUUUUAUUGUUUCUUCCACAAUAUUCAGCUGUGCAAGAAAUUUCACAAGAGAACAAGUCAGCAAGCUCAUAAGAAGGCAGCACUCUUCACAAGUCAACGGGCUCUUGAACCCACAAAAAGACAAGAAGCAAGUGUAAGGUUAUAAAAUGUUAAAGAUGAAAUUCCAUCACAAUGUACUUUUUUCAAGCUCUACUGCAAAUUUAAAGUAUCAGUGUUAAUUUACACUUCGUCAUGUAUGAUUUGAGCUUGCUUUAAGCUCACACUGAAAGGAAGUCUCAUUUCAUGCACAAAAUCUGUUGCAUGCCUGACUUCCUUAAUAAAACUACAGUUGAACAUUUCCAGUGCAAAAAGAAAGUUCAGCAAAGCUAAAUUACAGAAAAAUGCAGGUUAGUAAGCUUUCAUUUGAUGCUUCUGAGCAAUAGUAUAAAGUCAUCAAACUGAUACUUAAAAAA